UGUAGGUUCGUCUUCUCGCAGCACAACUCAUCUGCGCUGUAUGAAAAUAAAGGUGCGGCAACUUUUAGCGUUCCUUUCUUUCUUUACGCGCAAGUUCCCAGCUUGGCCAAGCAGCCGACAAUAUCGCUGCUUUCUCUCCACCACCCCGCGUGAUUUUCCACAGAAACUUCAGGAGGUACCAUGCGAGUUUAUGUGGCUGUCAUACUCGCUUAUGGAGUGUCGGCACUCAAUAUCACUGAGGAGAAGGUAUCCUGCCCCCUUGGAUAUUUCCCCUGUGGCAACCUGACCGUUUGCCUCCCUCAGCUCAUGCACUGCAAUGGCAUCGAUGACUGUGGAAAUCAAGCUGAUGAGGAGAACUGUGGAGAUAAUAAUGGAUGGCCCCAUCUUUUCGACAAGUAUUUCGGAAUGCCCAGCUCAAAUGCUGAAACAAAGUCCAAUAUAUGCUUGCUGGGUGUUGUUCCUGAGCUUUGCCAGUGUCGAGACCUGGAGCUGGACUGUGACAGCACACAGCUUCGAGAUAUUCCAGUGGUAGCGAUAAAUGUCACUAUGAUGUCCCUACAAAGGAACCAGCUUCAGAAACUGCGAGCAAACGCAUUCUUUAAGUACCAGAGCCUACAGAAACUAUAUCUGCAACACAACAGAAUUCAAGAUGUGAGUCCCGAUGCAUUCAGAGGGCUUUAUAAUUUAACAAGACUAUAUCUGAGCUACAACAAGAUAUCUGUCCUGAUGCCAGGGGUGUUCCAGGACCUGCACAAGCUGGAGUGGUUGAUCCUGGAAAAUAACAACAUCCAUCAAAUGUCUACCAUGACCUUUUCGGGGCUGAACUCCCUUGUUUUACUGGUUUUGUUGAACAACUCUUUGACAACGCUGGAUGACAUCUGUCGAGAAAUGCCAAGACUGAACUGGCUGGAUUUGGAGGGAAAUCUCAUCGAAAGCAUUGGAAAUGGCUCAUUACGCUCAUGCAGUAUGCUGACAGUUCUGGUUUUACAGAGGAACAGGAUCAGCCAUAUACAUGAGCAAGCUUUCUCAGUCCUCCAAAAGCUUGGAGAAUUGGAUCUGUCUAACAACAGACUGGUGGCGAUCCCUCCCAAUCUCUUUGUCUUACUGGGGGAUUUGCUCCAACUGAAUAUAUCAUACAAUCCCCUUGUGAAGCUCCAAGUUGACCACUUUGACAAGCUGGCUAAGUUGAAGUCAUUGAGCAUAGAAGGAAUAGAGAUUGAAAACAUACAACGGAGGAUGUUUGAACCUCUCAAAUACUUGACUCAUAUCUACUUUAAAAAAUUCCAGUACUGUGGCUAUGCUCCUCAUGUGCGCAGCUGCAAACCCAACACUGAUGGCAUCUCGUCCUUCGAAGACCUGCUGGCCAACAUCGUGCUGAGGGUCUUCGUCUGGGUGGUCUCUGCCACCACGUGCUUCGGCAACAUCUUCGUCAUCUGCAUGCGGUCGUACAUCCGAUCAGAGAACAAACUCCAUGCCAUGUGCAUCAUCUCACUCUGCUGUGCAGACGGGCUGAUGGGAAUCUACCUUUUCAUGAUUGGUGCAUAUGAUCUGAAGUUCCGUGGCGAGUACAACCGGCAUGCACAAGCCUGGAUGGACAGCAUUCAGUGUCAGGUCAUUGGAUCUUUGGCCAUGCUGUCCACUGAGGUAUCAGUUCUUCUCCUCACUUACCUCACUCUGGAGAAAUACAUCUGCAUCGUCUACCCUUUCCAGUACUUGACGCCUGGCUGGCGACGAACUGUCACCAUCCUUAUCGGGAUAUGGGUGUUCGGUUUUAUUGUUGCCUUCCUUCCACUUGCCUGCAAGGGGCUAUUUCGCAACUUCUAUGGGACUAAUGGAGUUUGCUUCCCGCUGCACUCUGAGCAGCCAGAGACGCUUUGGGCACAUGUUUACUCCAUCGUCAUUUUCUUGGGUCUGAACUUGGUGGCAUUCCUCAUUAUUGUCUUAUCCUAUGCAAGCAUGUUCUAUAACAUCCAGAGAACAGGGACUCAGACCACAAAAUACAGCAACCACAUCAAGAAUGAGGUGACCAUCGCCAAAAGGUUCUUCUCUAUCGUCAUUACUGACUCGCUUUGCUGGAUCCCCAUUUUCAUCCUCAAGAUCCUGUCACUGCUGCAGGUGGAGAUUCCCGGUACCAUCAGCUCCUGGGUGGUCAUAUUUAUUCUCCCCAUCAACAGUGCCCUUAACCCUAUCCUUUACACACUGACUACACGGCCUUUCAAAGAGACCAUUCUGCAGGUAUGGGCUAACUACCGGCAGAAGAGGCCUCUACUCAGUGGUCACCAAGCUCAUCAUCCAUCACUCACCUGGCAGGAAAUGUGGCCUCUGCAGGACAACAGCCAUGGCGUCACCGCAGGCCACCCAGUGCAAACAACAGGCACUGUAACCAAGCUCACCCCUGUGGAAAACACCAAUGAUGGGUACAACGACAUGACCUUGUGCACACAGAAACAACAGAGGCACCAUACAGUGCUGUCAGUAUGCUCACAGAAACAAGCAAUGCCGCAAACACUCACACACACUCGCAUUUACGCAUCAACAAAUGAACUCAUCUAGAUGUCAAACCAAGGAUCUGCACGGAUCUGUCCAUAAUGUCAUCAGUCACCUCAACAGAUUAAAUGUAAUUCAGGUUCAUUCAUCUCAGCAAUUAAGAGUGUUUAACCUGUUAAAAAAGAAUAGUAUUUUUAAAGGGAUAGUCCUUCAUUUAUGUCCCGAUUUCUCCUUUGUGAUUAAACAUCAUUCGUAAUCAUUAGUGUUUUUGGAAAUCCAGCUGUGUGCAUGUCUUGUCCAAGCAGCAGUCAUCAUGGCAGAGGGUGAAGUCAAUGUGGAAAUUCCUUAUGCAGCAGCACAGCUCCUUUAAUUCAGACAACUCCAAAAAGAUAUCUGUCAGUGUAGAGCCCCUCUGAUGGUUUAGCUUUUGUUCCACUAGGUGUAAUAGCUCAGUGUAAUUUCCCAGAGAGGGCUCCUUUCAUAACUCUUUCUGAAAACUGAAACAUGAUAUUCUGCCCAUAUUCUGAGCUGAAUAUUAGGCUACACUAUACUUUUGAGUAAAACCCUAGCAUUUCUAACAGUGAUAAAAGACUGAAUUUUAUUUGAAUCCAGUAACCAUGGCUAACAUCAACCAUUUGACUGCACGUCUGUGGCAAUAAACAACAUGACUGUUGAGUGUAGAAGGUCAUUCUUGACUUUGGAAACAGUAAUUUCACUCAAGAUUCGCAUACCAGCCUUUUCCAGACCUCUCAAGCAUAUCUUGCAGUCUUUUCACUGCAAAUGUCAAAAACAGGGUUAUGCAGCACAUGAGGAAGUAACAAAUGCAGAGUGUGUAGCUCGCAAGUUAUCUAAAUAAAAUUAUAGACAAACCUUUUAACAGCACACUGAGAGGAACCAUGACUUCUUUUUGAUGUUUUUUUCCAGUUUAUUUAUAGUUUUUGAUGUCUGCUUAAUAAUAUCUAAGGGAACAAGAAAAAAUGUUCAAAAUGUUCAGUGUGUAGCUAAACGCUUUGAAUCCACGUCAGAAUCCAGUUAAUCACUGCAUUCAAGUUUCUUUUUUGUCAGUCAAUUGUACUUAAUUAUAAGGUGAAUCAAUCCCAUUUUAUGGAAUGAGCACAUAAGAAUACACUUUAUGCUGUAUACUGUAUAAUGCAGAUCUGUUUUCGUUCUUGCAUCUAUCAGUUCUUGUGUUGCCUCUGCCACCAAAAAUUAUUUUCGGGGAAUACAGAAUGUAAUAUAUGAGAUAUGUCCAAUAUAUUUAACAAAGAAUGUACUUAAUUUGGGGUGAUAAUAAUCAAAAAUUUGGCAAGAGAGUUACAGCUACACAGGUAGCAAUUUUAAACUGUCUUUUAUACAUUCUGUCUAACAAUUCCCCAGCCGGUCUGGGGGGUUUGAGCUUGGACUCAGCCUCAUGUUACCAACAACUACACCACACAACACAUUUUUUACAGUGACCUAAAGAGUGAAGGACAUUUGUACAAUGAUCAUAGACUCUUCUGUGCAUAUGUUGUUCAAUGAACUACUGAUUCCUGUGGAAAAUAACUUUUUCAGUCAUUGUAAAUGUAUGAAUAUACAGCAAUCACACAGGAGAAGAAAAGAUUAAAACAGUGAUUGGUGGAGACAUUAUAUGUGCCAUUUGUGUUUACAUUACAUUCUUACAUGCUGGAAAGAAAGAGAAGCCAGCAGUUAGCUUGAGAUAAAUUCACAAUAUCUGCAGGCUUAUAUUUAAUGUUUAUGAAAAAAAAUGUUUUAAAUGUGUUCUCAUUUGAUUUGUUGUAUUGACUUGGAUCUCACAAUAAUUUAC